AUUGACAUGACAUUGUUGACAGCAAGCAAUUUGUUGAAUGAAUUCCCUUUCCCGCCCGUCGUCGCCAUUUAAUCAAAAUCAAAUCAAAGCAAGGAAAGGAAACUACAUUUAUUGUUACUAUAGAAAUUCAGAAUGUGGAACGAUCAAUCCGUUACCGGUGGAGGAUUUUUCAACUCUCCGAGUCAAUUUGGCAAUGCAGCUACUCCGAACCAGGCACAAAAAUCGGGUAGAAGAGCUUCACGUACUGCACCUAUUGUUAUAAGACAAGCAAUACACUCUGGAGACGAUGGUAUAAAAAUAUGGGGUACUGAGAUUCAGAUUGUGUCUGUUGUUGCCCGUGUAAGGAAUAUUAGAAUCCAAAGUACUAAAAUCACAUAUACUAUUCAAGAUAUCACAGGCAGGAUGAGGGCUGUACUGUGGCUUGAGCAAGAUGCCAUGGAAGAAGAUGAUAAGUCUUCACCAAGAGUACAAGUCAAUGACUAUAUACAGAUUUAUGGAAAUGUUAAAACAAAUAAGGGUAAGAAAGUAUUAAUGGCAUUUAAAAUAAUGCCUAUAAAUGAUGUAAAUGCCAUUACUUUUCAUUACCUGCAGUGUAUCAAUAACAAAGUGAAGAUGGAGGCAGAUUCUAAGAAGGAAAAAAUCGUCAAUAAUAAUGUUUCUACGACAAGUGGUUUACCUGCCAACUCAAUGGUUGGUGUUGCUGAUAAUGGUUCAUCAGUCAAUGGAUUGAAUCCUCGACAAAUGAUGGUUUUUAAUCUCAUACGAGCCUCAACCAUGGAGCAGGGAAUUAGUAAACAAGACAUGUAUGAAACCUUGAAAGACCGGAUGUCACAAAUGGAGUUUGAAAACAUUUUGGAAUGGAUGUGUGGGGAAGGUCACAUUUAUUCAACAAUUGAUGAGGAACAUUUUAGAGCUACUGAUGCCUUCUAAAGAAACAAUGCCAAUUAGAUUAUAAGCCACAUGUAAACUACAUAAUUUCAAAGUAUUUUUUAUAAGAAUAAAAAACCGUACAUACA